GUCAGAGCUCCUUGGGCUGGAGGGGAGGUCUGUGGCUCUGUGUGAGGGAGACAGAGUCAGGAGGAGAAGGGAGACGAGGGGCGGGGGAACCCACUAGCUCGGCGUCUGGGGAUCAGAGGCCCGAUGAGAGGAGGGAGGAAAGCUGCGCCUGUGUUGUGGAUUUUACGCUGAGAGCUCAUACGUUUUUCUGGAAUUGGGAGUUGGUGUCAGAUUGAGGCCUCAGGAUGGCUUCCAACGCAGGAGGCGACAAGUCGGUUAUCAUGAACGAGGAAGAGCUGAAGAGGAAGCAGAGGGAGAAGCUGAAAAAGCUCCAGGCCACAGGAGGAAACCCUCGCCCUGCAAGAACCCUUUUCCUCUUCUCCCUUAAAAAUCCCUUCCGCAAGGCCUGCACCAACAUUGUAGAGUGGAAAACGUUUGAGAUCAUCAUCUUAUUGACCAUCUUUGCGAACUGUGUGGCUUUAGCAGUGUUCCUGCCCAUGCCUGAAGAGGAUAGCAAUAACACCAACAUACGUUUGGAGAGUCUGGAGUAUAUCUUCUUGAUCAUCUUUACUUUGGAGUGCUUCUUGAAGAUUGUGGCGUAUGGGCUCGUGUUCCACGAAGGGGCCUAUUUACGGAACUGUUGGAACAUAUUGGACUUCGUCAUCGUCUUCAUGGGCUUGUUCACCUUUGCUUUGGAUACCAUCAAUAUGAUCGCAGGAGUACCAACAGAGAAGGGUGGAGGAUUUGACAUGAAGGCUCUAAGAGCCUUCAGGGUGCUGAGGCCCCUUCGCCUUGUCUCUGGAGUCCCCAGCCUACAGGUGGUCAUGAACUCCAUCCUCAAAGCCACACUGCCUUUGGUGCACAUUGCCCUGCUGGUCUUUUUGUUGGUCACCAUCUAUGCCAUCAUGGGGCUGGAGCUCUUUAAGUGCAAAAUGCACAAGACCUGCUACUACACAGGCACAAACAUCUAUGCCACAGCGGAAGGGGAGCUGCCUGCUCCGUGCGCUCAGGCUGGUAACGGACGCCGCUGCUCCAUCAACGGCUCAGAGUGUCGCCCUGGAUGGGAGGGUCCCAACAAUGGUAUCACCCACUUUGAUAACAUUGGUUUUGCAAUGCUGACUGUGUACCAGUGUAUCACCAUGGAGGGAUGGACCAAGGUCCUCUACUGGGUUAAUGAUGCCAUAGGAAAUGAAUGGCCAUGGGUGUAUUUUGUUCCUCUCAUUCUUGUUGGUUCCUUCUUCGUGCUCAAUCUCGUUCUGGGCGUGCUCAGCGGAGAGUUCACUAAAGAGCGAGAGAAAGCCAGGUCAAGAGGAGAGUUCCAGAAACUGCGGGAGCGACAGCAGCUGGACGAGGACCUCCAUGGAUACAUGGAAUGGAUCACCCAUGCUGAAGUCCUGGAUGCAGACAGGGAGGGCAAAGGUCUCCUACCUUUGACCAACGGAGACUCUGAAACAGACAGCCUGUAUGAUUUGGAGGGCAAAAGUCGCAUCAUCUACUACUACCGCCUGGCCCGUCGUUGGAAUCGUUUUUUCAGGAUGAAAUGUCUGGUGUAUGUGAAGACGAAGGGCUUUUACUGGCUGGUGAUGUUCCUCGUCUUCCUCAACACUCUGACUAUUGCCACAGAGUAUCAUCAUCAACCUAAAUCUCUUACUACUCUGCAAGAUGUGGCCAGUCGUGGACUGCUGGUGCUUUUUGUCCUUGAGAUGUCUGUAAAGUUGUAUGCUCUCGGACCAAGAGCAUACUUCAUGUCCUUGUUUAAUCGCUUUGACUUCUUUGUGGUGCUGUGCGGCAUCCUGGAGAUGAUCAUGCUGUCUGCAGGAGCAGUAGCUCCGCUCGGUUUCUCUGUCCUCAGGUGCAUACGGCUCCUAAGGAUCCUCAAAGUUACUAAGUACUGGACUUCUCUGAGCAAUUUUGUGGCCUCUCUUCUCAACUCUGUCCGCUCCAUCGCCUCCCUUCUCCUCCUCCUCUUUCUCUUUAUUGUCAUCUUCUCCCUUCUGGGAAUGCAGGUGUUUGGAGGGAAAUUCAACUUUGAUCACAACCGACCCGCUCGCAGUAACUUUGACAACUUCCCUCAGGCACUGAUCAGUGUAUUUCAGAUUCUGACUGGAGAAGAAUGGACCAUCAUUAUGAACAAUGGUAUUAUGGCUUACGGAGGGCCUGUCAUACCUGGCAUCCUGGUUUCCAUUUUUUUCAUCAUCCUUUUCGUCUGUGGAAAUUAUAUCCUCCUGAAUGUCUUCUUGGCCAUCGCCGUUGACAACCUGGCAGAGGCUGAGAGUCUGACUUCAGCUCAGAAGGAAAAGGCAGAAGAGAAGAUGAAGAAGAAGCUGCUGAGGUCCAAAAUGCCAGAGAAGACGGACGAAGAAAGAGAAAGGAUUGCUAAGAAACUGGCAGAACAGAGGGCCAAGUUGGAGGGCAUGCCCACCACCGCCAAGCUUAAAGUCGAUGAAUUUGAGUCCAAUGUCAAUGAAGUGAAAGAUCCAUUUCCACCUGAUGAUUUUCCAGGUGAUGAUGAGGAGGAAGAACCUGCAAUCCCCCUAAGCCCUCGGCCUCGACCAAUGGCAGACCUGCAGCUGAAGGAAGAAGCGGUUCCAUUACCUGAAGCCAGUUCGUUUUAUAUUUUUGGCCCUCAGAACAAGUUCCGUAAACUGUGCUACAAGAUCAUCAACGCUUCGUCCUUCACCAACUUGAUUCUACUUUUCAUCCUGCUGUCCUCCAUAUCGCUGGCAGCUGAGGACCCCAUCGAUCCAAGGUCCUACAGAAACGAGAUCUUGGCUUAUGCUGACAUUGUUUUCACAACCAUGUUUACCAUUGAGAUUGUGCUCAAGAUGACGGUGUACGGCGCUUUCAUGCAUGAAGGCUCGUUCUGUCGUAAUUCUUUCAACAUCCUGGAUCUGAUUGUGGUCACAGUGUCGCUCCUGUCCAUGGGAAUGGAGUCCAGUGCAAUUUCUGUGGUCAAGAUUCUCAGGGUGCUGAGAGUGCUGAGACCUCUCAGAGCCAUCAACCGAGCCAAAGGACUGAAGCAUGUUGUCCAGUGUGUGUUUGUGGCCAUUAAAACAAUUGGAAACAUUGUGCUGGUCACCAUGCUGCUCAACUUUAUCUUUGCCUGCAUAGGAGUACAGCUCUUUAAGGGCAAAUUCUACAGCUGCACUGACCCAUCCAAAAUGACUGCAGAAGAUUGUCAAGGAUACUUCAUAAAGCCCAUGGAGAACUCCCUUAAAGACACGGUGUUGGCUAAAAGGGAAUGGAUCAAUAGUGACUUUAACUUUGACAACGUGCUUAACGGGAUGCUGGCUCUGUUCACAGUAUCCACCUUUGAAGGAUGGCCAAAACUCUUAUACAGAGCCAUUGAUUCAUCUGAAGAAGACUUUGGUCCAGUCUACAACAACCGCGUUGACGUGUCUAUUUUCUUCAUCAUCUAUAUCAUCCUCAUAGCCUUCUUCAUGAUGAACAUAUUCGUGGGCUUCGUCAUCGUCACCUUCCAGGAGCAGGGCGAGCAGGAGUACAAAAACUGUGAGCUGGACAAAAAUCAGCGUCAGUGUGUGCAGUAUGCUCUAAAGGCUCGCCCUCUGAGGUGCUACAUCCCUAAGAAUCCCAACCAGUAUCGCGUGUGGUACAUUGUAACGUCCUGCUACUUUGAGUACCUGAUGUUCUUCCUAAUUAUGCUGAACACGUUGUGUCUGGGUAUGCAGCACUGCAAUCAGUCAGACCACGUUACCAAGCUAUCAGACACUCUGAACUUGAUCUUCACGGUGCUCUUCACAGUGGAGAUGAUACUCAAGCUUAUGGCCUUCAAAGCUAAGGGCUACUUUGGAGACCCAUGGAACGUGUUUGACUUCAUUAUUGUCAUUGGUAGCGUUGUUGAUGUCAUCCUUAGUGAAGUUGAUACUGCCCUGGCCUCCAGUGGAGGACUGUACUGUCUCCAUGGCUGUGCAGAGACAGAUCCAAUGCAAGAAAUUGCGGCGUCUGAAAAUGCCUCAGUUUCCAUCACAUUCUUCCGACUCUUUCGUGUCAUGCGUCUGGUGAAGCUGCUGAACCGUUCAGAGGGCAUUCGUAAUCUUCUGUGGACCUUCAUCAAGUCUUUCCAGGCUCUUCCUCAUGUAGCUCUGCUCAUCAUAAUGCUAUUCUUCAUCUACGCUGUCAUUGGGAUGCAGAUCUUUGGAAAGGUCGCUUUAGUGGAUGGCACCCAAAUCAACCGCAACAACAACUUCCAGACAUUCCCACAGGCUGUGCUGAUGUUAUUCCGAUGUGCCACUGGAGAAGCUUGGCAGGAGGUAAUGAUGGCCUCAAUGUAUGGCAAGAAAUGUGACCCCAAGUCUGACUUCCUGCCAGGAGAAGAGUACACCUGCGGGUCCAACUUCGCUGUCUUUUACUUCCUCAGCUUUUACUGCAUCUGUGCCUUCCUGAUCCUCAAUCUAUUUGUAGCUGUCAUCAUGGACAACUUUGACUAUCUGACACGGGAUUGGUCUCUUCUUGGUCCACACCAUUUGGAUGAGUUUAAGAAGAUCUGGGCUGAAUAUGACCCGGAAGCCACAGGUAGAAUCAAGCAUCUGGACGUUGUAACUCUGUUAAGAAGGAUCCAGCCUCCACUGGGUUUUGGAAAGUUCUGUCCUCACCGUGACGCAUGCAAGCGCUUGGUUGGUAUGAACAUGCCGCUCAACAGUGAUGGAACUGUGACCUUCAACGCUACCCUGUUUGCUCUGGUCAGGACUGCCCUUAAAAUCAAAACAGAAGGAAACUUUGAGCAGGCCAAUGAGGAGCUUAGAGCUAUUAUAAAGCAGAUCUGGAAACGCACCAGUAUGAAGCUGCUGGAUCAGGUCAUCCCUCCUAUAGGAGAUGAUGAGGUGACUGUGGGGAAGUUCUACUCCACUUUUCUGCUUCAAGACCAUUUCCGCAAAUUCAUGAAGCGUCAGGAGGAGUACUACGGCUACCGUCCAUCAAAGAAGAGCGCCUCAGGCCCAGAGAUACAGGCCGGCCUGAGGAGUAUAGAUGAAGAGGCAGCUCCAGAGAUGCACAGGACCAUUUCAGGAGACCUGCAGGACCAGGAGGAAAUGGAUCGGGCUCUAGCAGGGGCCGGAGAGGAAGCCAUCUUCCAGCGCUCACACGGUCUCUUUGGUAACCAAGUGGACUCCUUCUCUGAAGAGCCGGCUAACGCUCAGCAACCUCAGAUGACCAGCCAGCGGCCCCUGCAGUUCUCUGAAAGCCAACCCGAGUCUCCUCCAAACUCCUCUGCCUUCCUGACCGACACAGCAUUCUUCCCCACAACAGCACCAGGGAGCAACACAAACAACAAUGCCUUUGCAGAAUUUAAUUUUGAGAGAGAAGGCAGUCCAGAAGAGUUCUACAAUCCGUAUGAGGAUACAGAGCCAGACAUUAGACGCUCCUGGAGAUUUCCUGUCAGCUCAGACAGAACACAGGUAAACUUUCCUUAUGAUCACAGCUACGGAGACACCCAGAAUCCAAGCUCCAGUACAGCAGCUGAUCAACUCUUCCAGGAGGUUUUUGUAAAAGGAGGUGCUGACUCCUUGGCCAGAAACCCAAGCUUUGAUUCUGUAACAAAGAAAGAGAUGGCUGCAGAUGAAAUGGAAGGGACAGCUCAGGACGUCGUCAUGGAACGCUCCAAGAAAAAGAGACGUCCUGUCCCUGCCCCCCCCACAGCACCUGCUGCUGCUGCACAACACACAGGUCCGCCGGAUCCGGCUGUUCGGAGAAAGAAACGUCCAAUUCCCACAACUGCUUGCCAGAAAAAGUCAGACGCAGAUUCUGCAGUUUAGAGGCUGGUUAUGUUAGUGUGGUUGAAUUGAUGACAGUUCUACUCAUAACAUUACGAAGCUUGAUGUCCCAUUGCUCGUCUGUAUUCGUUAGCCUGGCUCAAGGCUGAAAGACAGAUGGACAAACAUGGGAGAAGCUCAAUAAAGUAGAAAUUUGAUAAAGCUUCCUUCUGAUUUUGAGAGCUUAACUAUACCUUUAUUCUUGGAGUAAACAUUUAGGUUUAUUCAUUCCACUGAAGAGACAAUUAUGAGAAAACGGCGUCUUACUGAAGACUCAGGGAGGGAGGCAGGACAGUGAAGAAAUGUCUACUUAGAGUGUUUCUACAAAAGUCAGCAACUUGUAAUGAGCUGCACUUUGAGGAAAAGUUUUACGAUGAAUGUGGAAGAAAUCUAAGAGGGGACGUGGUGCUUAUGUUAGGAUGUUUUCAACUUGAAAUUUGUUUCCUCUGCAGAAAACUAGUAAUUUUUAUGUAAUAUGAGCAAAUAAAGUUGUUUAUAGUAGCCUGAGAAAAAUGUUUUGCACUCAUUUCAUCUUUGGUACUGAAAUGCUGACCAGUUAGCAGGGCUUUUGUCGUUUUUUUCUGUCUGCCACUGUGCCCGUUUGGCUGGAAAUACUGCUAGCUUUGAGCAGUUCCUCCUAAUAAAGGCUCACUUUGUGCCA